CAACCGCAAUCCCUUUCCUGCCCAACCCUAGAGCCGUGCCGCAGCCAGGUCCGCAGUUGACCAGAACUCCUAGGUCGGACGAAAUUCUUUUGCUGGUCGGCGCCGCCAUGUUACUUCAUCAGUCACGAGGCAGAGCUUGAUCUCAGGCCGCCGAAAUCCAGUUUAGAACCUUAGAUCAUCAGGCCAGUGCUCACACAUCAGACGCAAGAGAAAACUAAGAUGCGCCCCUUUCUCUUGCUAAGGAAGAACAGGCGAUCUGACCAUCGUCUACUCACAUGGGAAGUUUAUGGCUAUGGGUUGUGUCCUCAAACCUUUAAGAGGUAAGAAGCCAGGAUCUUUACUUGAUUUUGAAUUAUCUGGUCGGAGUUUUCUGCAAUAGGCUGCGACAAUACUUGAAUUUAACCUCAAGUUCGUAGUUUGUUUUCUUCUUCUAAAUUUAUGCUUUUCUUAAAAUUCUUAAUAGCCACUGAUCCAAUAUCAUGAGGCGUAUUUUGGACGGCAGUCUAUUUUAAGUUUUGUUUACUCUUAAACUUCUAUUGAUAUGCCUAAUAUUCCUGAAAUGGCUACCAACAGUGCUUUUAAUUUUGCUUCUUUGAUUUGCUACUUUGCUAGGUCUAUAAACUUCUCUCGAGAAUGUGUAACCAAAUUAUAGCCAACUCAUAUAUAUUUAAUCCCCUUCUAUGUUUAUUCAUUUCGUGUGAACCAACUUAAAGCUUCUUGGAACACCCAUUUUUUUAUUCCAACUGCUAUACUUGCAUUGAUGUAAGUAUCCAUUCACUUAGUGAUUAGUUUGCAAUGUUCAUGCUCUGGAUAUGCGCUAGCAAUUAAUAUUUACACUUGAUUGUUUUCGAGAAUUAAGGAAUGCUAUAGUUUAUUUCAGGUCUGUGCUAUGCAAUGUAUAAAUUAUUUCAGUUUGUGUAUGAAACUUUGCCAUUUUUGUGGUUAUUUGACAUACUAAAGGAACAAAAAUGCUUAUGUCUUGAAGUGUUUGGUUAUUUGACAUACUAAAGGAACAAGAAUGCUCAAACUGCUGCAUCUAUUGUCUCCUAAGUAUGGAAAAAACUGAUAAGACGAAAUACUCCGUCUAUGGCAAACACAGCAGCUAGGGCAAAACGAAAACCCAAUUCGGGUGAGGAUGCCAUACGAAGCUCGGAGUUUCUCCAACGCCAAUCGCCUUUUCUACCUCAACAGUCGUAGGUGCUCCGUCGCACGCUGUUCCUCUUCAUCAACGUCAGCCACCACUCAUCCAGCAUAGGUGAAAUUACGUUUUCAGUAUAUACUCAGGGUUCGAUUAUUGUAUAUGUUUUUGUUUAAGGGGGCGGUGGCGAUAGCAUUGGUGCUCUUCACCUUGGGGUUGUUCUUCCAGAUUUCGGGGUAGCACCAGGGAUUCUGUUUGCUAAUAUGCAGACCAGCUUGAUUUCCGCCUCGUCACUAUUCUUUUCAUCGCCAUCAGAGUUUACAUUUACGCUGUCCUGUGAGUCCUAUAACAGAUGUUGUUCCUUUGAGUUUGGUGCUUCUUCUUUCUCAAAUUAAGGAGGCUCAGGAAGACUUGAAACACUUUCAAAUGACAUGUUAUUCAAUAAUAUACUUAUAUACUCCCAUAGACGUCUUUCAAGAUAAGAAAUGGUUGAAUGUUCCUUGGAAGAAGCUUCAGGUUGGGGACAUCCUUAAAGUUAAACAAGAUGAGUUUCUUCGUGUUGACAUAUCGUUUCUAGCCAGCACAAAUCUCGAUGGAAUCUGCUACAUUGAGGUUGUACUUGGGUUGGCCCGGUUUCCUUUUACAUUUCUUUGUUAUGUUAAUUAUUGUUUGUUUUCUUUAUUACGGGGCACUGUUUAUAUGCUUCUAGCUGGUCUGUCAAUGCAGCGAAUGGGCACACAUGCUUCGAGUGAGAUGUUAUGGUCCUAAUGUUUUUUGGAGAGGUCAUUCUCUUGUUUGUUGCUAAAAAUACUUUUAUGUUGCAGGGUAUUAAUUAUACAGAUAUGGGAUAUGAAUUUCAUUGAUGUAAUCUAUUUGACAUGAAAGAGAGAUUCAGAAUUUUGAUAGGCUUGUGUGGCUUGAAGUGAAAAGAUUAUCCAAAUGGAUCUUGAAUUCAAUGAAGCAGUUAUUUGUUGUAGUUAGUGUUUACUUUUCAUGUAAACACAGUAUUGUAGUUUUGAUAUAAUUGAAUCGAGCAUAUGCAAUUACGUAGUACAAUACUUUGAAUAGUGUUUGUAAUUAUAAGAUUUUGAAGUGUUUGUAAUUUUACGAUUUUGAAUGAGGUGUAUGUAAUUUCUACAGGUU